CGUGGCCCGGCCCGUCAUGGCGGCGCCCAGCGAGGCGCGGGAGCGGCGGCCUUUCGGGAGGCGGCUCCUCACUGACCCCGCCCGGCUUUUCCAGCACAACGCCUGGGAUAAUGUGGAAUGGUCAGAAGAGCAGGAAGCCAGUGCCAGGAGUAAAGUUCAAGAGAACAGCUCACAGCUAUUGCCGCAAGAUAAACAAGAGGAAUACGAGGUGAAUGCUAAGAAAUACUGGGAUGACUUCUAUAAAAUCCACGAAAAUGGCUUCUUCAAGGACAGGCACUGGCUGUUCACUGAAUUUCCUGAGCUGGCAACUAACAGGAGCUCAAGCCAAAAUGUAGAUUCUGGGAGUGGAUUUAGUAACACAGAAGAAUCCAACAAUGAAGGGCUGAGAAGCUGUGAAAAUGGCCAUUGCUCAUUGGAAACCAGGACAGAGAGUCAGUUAAACCUGAUAAAAAGCCCACCUGGGGGCCACACGGAAGAGUUGGCUGCACAGAAAGACAGUGAGCUGAGUCAGAGUGGUGGGGAUUACCCAGGAUUAGCUGCAUCUUACCGUAUAUUAGAGGUUGGCUGUGGGGCUGGGAAUACAGUCUUCCCAAUUUUACAAACCAACAAUGACCCAGGCCUUUUUGUUUAUUGCUGUGAUUUUUCUACAACAGCUGUGCAUCUUGUCCAGAACAAUGCAGAAUAUGAUGCUUCUCGCUGUUUUGCAUUUGUCCAUGACCUGUGCAAUGACCAAAGUCCCUUCCCAAUGCCAGAAGAGAGUCUUGACAUUGUUAUUCUUAUCUUUGUCCUCUCAGCAAUUCUCCCAGAGAAGAUGCAGUGCAUUGUGACCAGACUGAGUCGUCUUCUGAAACCAGGGGGAAUGAUCUUGUUACGAGAUUACGGUCGUUAUGAUCUCGCCCAACUUCGAUUUAAGAAAGGUCAAUGUCUGUCUGAUAACUUCUAUGUGAGAGGUGAUGGCACUAGAGUCUACUUCUUCACACAAGAUGAAUUAGAUCAUCUGUUCACCACAGCUGGACUGGAGAAAAUCCAGAAUCUGGUUGAUCGGCGAUUGCAAGUGAACCGUGGGAAACAGAUGACGAUGUAUCGGGUGUGGAUCCAGUGCAAGUACUGCAAACCCACUACCCUUCAGCCAUGAGGCAUGUGGACUUCGUGCUGGAGCCUCUUCAUCUCCUCCUGGUGACAUUUGUGUGAUGCAGUUCUGCACAACCAGGACCUCAGUGCCUUGUACCAUGCCUGGCAUCACUUCAAGUGAGUUUUGCUAAGGAUGAAUGCCCUGAGAGUAGAGCAAGCUGUAUUUUAGAUAUCAUAGAAUCACAGAAUAUACUGAGUUGGGAAGGACCCAUGAAGAUCAAGUUCAACUCCUGGCCCUGCACAGGACACAAUCCCACCCCAUGCCUGAAAACAUUGUCUAAACACUCCUUGAAUUCUGCAAGUCUUGGGGCCGUGACCAUUCCAUAAAGAGCCUGUUCAGUGCCCAACCACCCUUUGUGGGAAGAGCCUUUUCCUGGUUUCCAGCCUAGCCAUCCCUGGACACAGCUCCAGACAUUUCCUCAAGUCCUAUCCCUGGUCAGGAGGGUGAAGAGAUUGGUUCCUGCCCCUCUGCUGUCCCUCAGGAGGAUGUUGAAGUUCCCAGUGAGGUCUGACCUCAGUCUCCUGCAGCUGAACAGACCAAGUGCCCUCAGCCACUGCUCAUACGGCUUCCCCUCAAGGCUCUUCACUAUUCUCAUAGCCCUUCUCUAGUGGCUUAAUGUAUUUUUUUAUAUUGUGAUGCCCAAAACUGCCCCUAGCACUUGAGGUGAGGUUGUCCCAAAACAGAGCAGGACAAUCCCCUGCCUGACCAGGAAUGCUUUACCUAAUGCCCUCAGAACACAGAUGUCCCUCCUGGCUGCCAGAGCACUACUGACUCAUGUUCAACUUGCCAUGGACCAGGACUCCUGAGCCCCUUCCUGCAGCUGCUCUCCAGCCUUAUUCCCCAGUCCAUCCACACAUCCAGGGUUGCCCUUUCCAACAUGCAGAAUCCAGCACUUUUCCUUGUUGAACUUCCCAUGAUUGGUGAUUGCCCACUUCUCUAAUUAGUCAAGGUCUCUCUGAAGGCCCUAUCUGCCCCUGAGAGACUUGACAGCUCCUCCCAGUUUAGUGCAGACAGCAAACUUACUUAGUAUUCCUUCAAGUCCUGCAUCCAGGUCAUUAAUGUGGAUGUUGAAGAGCACAGUCUUGAAGGGAGCCCUGCAAAUGUCAUGCUACUGGUCUGAGUUUUUUAAAAAAAAAAUGUGGUUUUAACAUAAGAGAUGGUCAUGGUGUCUUACAGCAGCUGAGCAAGUUGAGUAGCAACUUGCUCAUACUCUGGAUUUCCACAUGAAACAGGAGAGCUCUGACCUCUGUCUUGUAUGCUCGUCUCUUGUCUGAACAAACAUACAAAGGAUAAAUCUGCUCUUCUCUGCAA